GUGCAGGAAGUGCUGUUGGUGUGAGAGUGUGGCGGCUUGCUUAGAAUAUGUGUGAAGUGAGAGACAGAAGACCCCAAUCGUUAAGUGAUGAAGGAUGACGAAGGAUAGGACCCAGAACAAUCCUGUCGUGCUAGAACGGAGGGCACUCUUUUGCUCUUGUGGUGGGAGAAGGUACAAGGAGGCAUGCACUUUCCCUUCUGAGAAUAAUUCCGAAGGACAUUAAGCUCACGCCUGGCACAGGGGGCGUCAGCGAGCCAUCCUUAGCUUGCCAGCGUGGAGCAGUGCCUCGCGACUGCCCGGGUAUUGGACAUAGACCUCUUUAGUGGACAACACAAGUAGUUGUGGAACUCCAAAACAAAGCUUCAAUUAACAGGUCGCACUCUGAAGGCCUGACAUCAGAGAGUCCGACAUGCCUUGCUCUCCGUUCAGAUUCGGGAAGCCAAAGAAGAUCUGGAAACAGGAUGGAGGAGAGCCGCGCAUCUCUAGCGUUCUAGAAGCCCCGCUGUACCAGACUCAUCUGCCCCACACUGGCCCCGCCUUCCUCAAGACUACUGAUUUAUUUGCAAUGAUUGAAAGGAUGCAGAGCAACAGAAUGGAUGAACAGAGGUGUGCCCUUCCUCCCCCCCUCAAGACUGAGGAGGACUAUAUCCCAUACCCCAGUGUCCAUGAGGUGUUGGGCAGAAAGAGCCCCUUCCCCCUCAUCCUGCUGCCCCAAUUCGGGGGCUACUGGAUCGAAGGCACCAAUCACAAGCUGAGCAACGGCACCGACCCCACGCUGCUUCCCUCCCCCAUGUCCUGCCUGAAGCUGGAGUGCAACACCACCGCCAAGAUCUACAGGAAACAGUUCCUGGGCAAGGAGCACUUUAAUUACUACACUGUGGACAGCGCUUUGGGCCACCUGGUCUUCUCUGUUAAAUAUGAAGUGAUCGGAGAGCAGGAACACCUCCGGCUCAUGCUCAGGACCAAAUUGAAAACUUAUCAUGAUGUGAUCCCAAUAUCUUGUCUGACUGAAUUCCCCAACAUUGUCCAGAUGGCCAAGCUGGUGUGUGAGGAGGUGACCGUGGACCGCUUCUUCCCUGUGCUUUACCCAAAGGCUUCAAGGCUCAUUGUCACUUUUGAUGAACAUGUCAUCAGCAACAACUUCAAGUUUGGAGUGAUUUAUCAGACGUUCGGACAGACAUCAGAGGAGGAGCUGUUUGGGAAUAACUUGGAAAGCCCUGCCUUUGUGGAGUUUUUGGAGUUUCUGGGACAAAAGAUCGAGCUCCAUGACUUCAAAGGUUUUCGAGGUGGCUUGGAUGUGACACACGGGCAGACAGGCAUGGAAUCGGUCUACCACAACUUCCACAGCAAGGAAGUGAUGUUCCACGUGUCCACAAAGCUCCCCUACACAGAGGGAGACAUGCAACAGCUCCAGAGAAAGAGGCAUAUAGGAAAUGAUAUUGUAGCCAUUGUGUUCCAAGAAGAGAACACUCCCUUUGUGCCGGACAUGAUUGCGUCGAACUUUCUGCAUGCCUACAUUGUGGUGCAAGUGGAGAACGCCUGCUCUGACAAUGUCCUGUACAAGGUGUCAGUGACAGCCAGAGAUGAUGUCCCAUUCUUUGGACCGGCCCUGCCUGAUCCUGCCAUUUUCAGGAAAGGACCAGAAUUUCAGGAGUUCUUGUUUACUAAGCUGAUCAACGCCGAGUAUGCCUGCUACAAAGCAGAGAAGUUUGCCAAACUGGAGGAGCGCACGAGGGCAGCCCUGCUCGAGACGCUGUAUGAAGAGCUGCAUAUCAACAGCCAAUCCAUGCUAGGUCUGGGCGGAGACGAGGACAAACUGGAAAACGGAGGAGGGGGCGGAGGAGGCUUCUUCGAAUCCUUUAAGCGGGUGAUGCGCAGCAGAAGCCACUCUCUGGACACCUUGGGUUUCAGUAGCAGGAAGCACCCAGUCUCCUCUAGUCACAGCGGCAGUUUUACCCACAGCAACAACGGCCAUCGCCUCCACUCACCAGAGACCCCCAAAAUUCCCGGGAUAUCAUUGCUUGUCCCAGGGAAAAGUCCCAGUAAAUACGGACGUCGCGGCAGUGCCAUAGGGAUAGGAACGAUAGAAGAGUCUCUAAUCAUUCCUGGGAAAAGUCCUACCAGGAAGAAGUCUGGCCCGUUCAGCUCUCGCCGAAGCAGUGCUAUCGGCAUUGAAAACAUCCAGGAGGUGCAGGAGAGAAGCACUCAGAAAACUCCUGACAGUGGGCACGCCUCCCAGGACCCCAAGUCUGAAAACUCCUCCAAUCAGAGCUCCCCUGAGGUCCUCACUACUAAGAACAGCUCAGCCAUGUGUUGUAGGGCUCCCUCAAUCCCUGAAGCUCAGGACUUGUCCCGCUCCUCCUCGAAUGCCAGCAGCUUCGCCAGCGUGGUGGAGGAGAACGAGGCCGAAGCCCCGGACGACUACGACACAGGCAUGGAGAGCAUGUCUUCGGCAGGGACGCCACACAAGCGGGACUCCUUCACUUACAGCGCGUGGCUGGAGGACAGCAUGAGGAGCGUCAGCACCACCAGCAGGGGGAGCUGUCCCGCUGCAGGCAGACCCAGCCACCCAGAAGGCCGGAAGGGCAGUGAGCCAAAUCGCACGGACAUCCGCAUCAAGCUGGAACGACCGCACGACCACAAAUCGACAUCGAACUGCUAGCCUCCCCCAUCUGAUUGCUUCAUGGAUUUCCAUCGAAAGUGUCGCCCUCAGUAGCAUUCCCCUAAAAACACCCCCUCACAGAAGAGAGGUGAGCCCUGGUUCUGGCUGUGAUUGCUGACGGCGACGACGAUGAUGAUGCCGAAGAUAACUCCAGUCUGCCACUAGAGUGAGAGGGGACAGGACAUGAUCAUGUGACCAUGCUCUGCACCAGACUUCAUUUUAACCAGGUGGCACAGUGCAGAAGUGUGUGCAUGUGUGUAUAUAAGAGACAGAUAUUGGGGGCAGGGGGCGGGGUUGGGGUGGUUUCACAGGCUGACCUCAAUUAUACUGCAUGGCUACUUGUCUCUCAGUCCUCCCACUCAGCCUCAGUAUAGAAUUUAGUUUUUGGGUCUGUGUCUGAUGUGCUUUUUGCCCUGUGAAUCUGUGUGCUCAUUUAAUAAAGAACGCUGUCUGUUUAUUGUCCUAAAGCUGCAAACCCCCUGCACCCUGAAAAACAUGAACAUUUUCUGCAUUUCUGUGUUCAACAAGGUCUCUUUCAGAUCUACCACAAGGACGCCUGAAAUGUGUCUGAGGCAUUGAUAUCAGCAGGGGUUUUUUUGUUGCUGUUUUGUUGCUGUUUUGUUCCUUCAUUUGAUCUUGAAAUAACUGUUGAUACAGAUUAAAUUACUUGUGUUGCUUACAACUCAUGACAAAUGUGCAGUUAACGUAGACGUAUCGGUCGAUGUCGAAUCAAAGACGUUAAAGGCUAACGUAAAUGCUGGUAUGGGGAAGGAGCAGUCAGAGAAAGCAGAUGGAAAUGCAUCCCUGCAGAGUCCAGCAAACAAGGCCUGCAUCACUAGCAGUGAAAGACAAAAAGGGACAAGUUAAUUAUGCUUAACUCCAGUAAUUAUGGAGUGGAUAUUCUUUCUGCAGAACUUGCUAGCGACGUUACAUGUAAAUGCCUUAAUGCUCAAGCAGGUGAUUUAUGCAGGGGAAUUUUGUUUUGCACAAACCCGUUAAAUAUGCCCAGCUUCCGACUGUCUAGCUGUAUGUUACACUUUAACGUUACAGCACGUGUUUUGCCUUGCACUCAAAGUGAAGCUUCUUAGUUUGGUUUUGCCACAGUUACAGCCUAGUGUAUCAGGGUUGUAAUUCCAGUCUAGCGAUACAUGGUCCUUUAUUUGGGUCCUUGUUAUAGCCGUGGAAUGCUCCUCAAUUAUGUAGAACUUCAACAAUAUACAUCAUAUUGUCAGUUCUUUCAUAGACUUGGCAUUGUGUGUUAUGCUAACAUGAGUAUAAAUUGGUGUCUUGGUUGCUUUCGGUAUGUGGACACACAGGCCAUAUGUCCAGUAGACCUGUGGAGAGUAAUGAAAAAAGACUUGGAGGACUGAUGGGUGCCUUCUGAGCUACUAUGAAAAUCAAAUCAGAAAGGAUUUGGAUUAUAAAUAGACAUUGUAAAAUCCACUUCUCUGGGAUGCUUUUUGGAUAUUAAUUUUAGUCUUUGUAAUAUGUGUAUGCCAAAAUCUAAUCUCCGUUUACAAUGUAAAUUGGGAUUUUCCCAUUUAGAAUACUUUUUAAAAAAUUGUUGUUGUUGCUAUACUCUGCUUAAUCUGUAUCCAGAUAACAGUCCUGUCUGUUAACCUCAGCAAUGCCAAAAUCAUCGGGUGCCCUUAUUUAACUAAACAUGAUUGAUCACUGAAAAAUAACCAGCACAAAAUGGUGCAUUGUGUAUGAACUGAGUUGCCUUACUGUAAGAAAUGUCCAUGAUCAAGGAGGCUGUGAACUAGCUGUAGAUAUCACUGUUAAUGUACAUAUGAAGCUACGUGUUUGUGAAAAUAAUUAAGUUAACUGCCUGUUUGUGAUUGAUUGUCCCUUUAACCACUACAUGAUCAGAAUCAGAAUAACACUUUAUUAUUCAAGUAUAUUUGCACAUACAAGGACUUUAUCUUUGGUUACACAACAGCAAUCAAACCUGUGUAGUGCUCAUUAAUUACUUCAAUUCUUGUCAUGAUACACAGAAGUAGCAGGUUAAUGGGAGGAUUGCGUUUUAAUGAGCAUAUUUCAAAUCUGUCCCCCUUUCAUGUGUCAUUGUUGUGUGUUUACAUGUUGAAAUGCAGGUCUCAAGAUAAUGCAGCAUCAUUUCUGUAGUCGUACAAAAUAAACUAUGUUUGAAUGAAAUUGCUUUGGGCAACCUUGCUUGGCCUAUUUGUGCCCUGUUGUGAAUUGUGGUUCUUUUAUGCUACAAGUAUACAUAUUGUAGUUUCAGUGGUUUGGGGGAGAAAUCUGUGCUGUUCUAUGCAGGUUGUUGAUAAAACAUUGCUAUAUGCUCCUAUUAAACAACUACACACAUGACCGGUUUAUGCUUUUGUGCAGUCGACCUUGUAAAUACAGCUGUUUUGUACAUUGGCCUACUGCCGAGAAAAGAUGAAAUAAACAAACUUGGGUGUAAUGGUU